UUUAGGUAUCGCAUUAAGUGCGAUUUUCAUUAUUGAAAAUUUAUUUUCAUGUUGUUUUUUCAUUCGAAUGUUUUUUUUCCUACGUGUGGACUUCUGACACAUCGUGGAAAAUUGUGAAAGUAAUAUGCUAUGGCUGCGACAGCUGGUAAAAAACGUCAGCAAUGCAAGUUGAACGUCGACGAUCAAGUUACGCGAAACGAGUUAGAUGUGUGGUAAAACUACAGAGAAAAUUGCAAUCUGUCGCUUUGUAAGUUUUUAUUGUACACGUUUGAAGGUUUUUGUCGAAGACGCUUAUCAUAUACAUUAUUAUCGUCGCUGACGAUGCAUUGAGAAAUUAAAUUGCGCCGAGUCGUGCACGAACUAUCGAUAUUUCUGCACGCAAUCAACGACAGGGUUAUGAGGCUCAAAUUUUUAAGUCUCGCUAUUAGUCAAUAUUUUUUCAGUGUUUUUAAUAUACUUUCUGUACUACAUGAUGGCUGAAAAAUGUAAGGAAUGUGGGUGUAAAUGUGUAAAUUGCACUCAGCAAGAUCAACAACAUUGUGACAUGCAUCUGCAUGUAGAAAUAGAAAAUUUACGGCAACAUCUUAUGGAAAGGGAUAAUCACAUUGCAACAAUGGAAACACAGUUCUUAAACGAAGCUGAUAAAUUUCCUAAUGGAGAGUUAGCUUCAAUGAAGGAAGAACUUUUAAUCUGGCAAGAAAAAUAUUCAAGGCUUCACGAGGCUCACAAACGUGUUCAAAAAGUAAAUCAAAACCUUGAGGACAAAUUGUUAAGGAUUGUAGAUAAAUGUGAAACAGAGAAAACUGCAUUCACUAAAGAUAUUGCAACUUUAUCUCAUAGACUAGCAGAUGCAAAUUAUACCAUACAUCGUUUAACUCAAGAUAAUGAAAAAUACAGAAAUGAUGUAAACUUGGCAAUACAGCUUCUUCAAUGUAAACCAGCUAAUUUUGUUGGUCAGAAAUAUGAUUCUUUACCUUCUGAAGUACAAGCCAAAGUUAGAACAUAUGUUGCACAAAAGAAACGUUCAAAUGAUAAUAUUCCUGAUAUUAAAAGUAUUACAGUACCAAUUUCAACGUUUCCCCCAACAGCUAUGGUAUAUAAUGUAACCAAACCUACAGUUGAGAAAGACAGUGAUGAUGAGAGUGAUGAAUCUAAACCACCGGUAGACAUUGUUUCAGCUGCAAUAAUGGCCAAAGUUUUAGAAGACAGAGAAAAAGAAAGAAUAUUCGCUAAGCAUUGCGAUACAUGCACUUGUAAUCGAAGCAUUCUAAUGGUUGAUGCAGAAACUCAAACUAACAUGCAAGACGUUUUUUCUUGCAAUGAUUGUGUUACGAAGUAUGCACAGGAUGUAGAAAAAAACACUGAUAAAAAUUGUCAAACUAAAGAAAGUCAAAAUUCUAAUUUACAUAUAGCUUACCACGAGGUAAAUGAAAACAUUAGUAUUAGUAACAUGCAAUAUCAAAGUCACUGUACAAAGAAUAUUAGUAGUCAGUAUGUAAGCACAAAAGAUAAAUUUUUAAGUAGAAAUGUUAAAAUAGAAAAUGUAAAGGAGGAUGGUCAUGCGAACACAAGGGCUAGUUUACAUAAAAAAAACUCGAUGCGCAGGAACGAUACGCAACCUCAAAAUAUUUUCCAUAACCAGAGCGAAAAUACGGCCAUGCAGAUGCCUCAAAGGGUCAAUGAUGUAUGUACCAACAGCAAACUAAAUUCUGAGAAAGGAAAAUCAGCAAAGUCGUAUAAAAAAUGCGAGUCCCAAAUUGAUGAUGUAUUUAAUUCAAAUUCUUGUAAUAAAUUGGAAAAGAAAUCUUUUAACCAUAAUUAUAUAGUUCCUGAAAAUCAUAAUAAUUGCUUUGAUGGGAAAGAACAGAGUCACAUUGAUAUUAUUAACGACAGAUUGUGGAAGAACGAGUGGACAAAGUUAAAAUCUCAGACUAAUAAAGUGGAUAUUAAAAACAUAGGUAAAACAAACAGUGAUGUUGAAAUUGACAUUAUUAACGAUAGAGUUUGGAAAAAUGAUAAGCCGAAACAAGAAACGCAUCACUCGGCACAGUUGAUGUUAAUAGAAGUGAAAAAUAUUGAUAAUAAUUCGAACCAGAAUGAUUCUGGACAGAUCGAAGUGGCCACUAGUCCCAGUUUCAGUAGCGAUAGUAUAGUAAUUUCAACUUCAGAUCCUUCUAGUAGUUCCAGCGACGUUGUUCAGCCGCUUAGCGGAACGAAUUUGCAUAAUAUUGGUUUGAAACCUACUAACCAAAAUCGUAUAACCGGUCCAAGGAAUUGUCUCAUGAGAGUCACGCCUGGAUCCAAGAAUAUUCUGCUAGAUAAUGCUGGUCAUUAUAAAACUGUGUUGUACACUAGCGGAAGUAACAAACCAAACACUGCUUUAGUUCAUUCGAAGAAACUAUCCCGGUCUGGCUCGGAAAGGUCAAUUUCAACCAGUAGCGAGGAAAGCUCCCCGAUCUUGCUACGCGACAAUAAUCAAUUGCAAAGAGUGGCCGAGUGGGUUGAGUCGUCAGUACACAUGGAUAAUUCAGUGUCAAAUUAUUCGAAGUUGAAGCCUAACGAGAGCAUAAUCGAUAAAAAUUCUUCGUUGGUCUAUUUAGACGAGUCACAAACGAAGUCGAAGAUGUUUGACGACACACGAAGACUGUACGAAAAUACUCAAGAAAACAAACACGAAGAUCUGGUGACCGAUGUUCCGGCUUUCGAUAAAGAAAUUUUGGCUAACGACGUGAAUCAUUUUUCAUCGUCUGUAGACAACACGGAACCGGAGAAAGAGAAAGAUUUGAUAAUUUUUGACGUGCCGAACGAGGAGGAGAAAGUUGUUCCGCCGCAAGCUUCCAACAAAAUGGACAACGCUAAUUUUGAUUACGACGUGAAAAUUACGAAAGAGAUGGAAGAAACGUACUUGAAGCUCGCAGCAAGCUUAGAUCCAGUUGCGUUGAGCCUGUCGAACGUGGAUGGCGCUGACCUAACGAUCGAGAAGUAUCGGAAGGAUCACAAAAGACUUCAGAAGAGCUACGAUAGGGUGGGAUCAAAAAUGUAAAGUGUCUCAACAGAAAUAUUUCAAGAUGAUUAUUAUUACUAUCUCAGCAGGGAGUUCCUUUAAAGAUAACAGAGCGUUAUUUUUUGUAACUAUAUGAAACUAAGGCUGUACCAAGAACAGUAGCUUAGGGGUAAACAUUCUAUACACCACUGCAGACAUAGGAUUAUAUUUAUUUAAUUUGUAUAGUUAACAUUAGCAGCUUUGUCUCUUGGUAAGUUCGUUUGUAAACAACGGUCACUAUAUUUCUGAUAUUCGUAAUUGUUCGGUAACCACCUUUAGUCGAUUCUUUUCUAAUUAACACGUCCGAUUCUGUAUUUAAACGGUACGGUAAGAUUUAUUCGAGUAUUUAUUGAAUUCGCGCGAGAAAGAACCGUCAAGCUGCUUUGCAAAGGAAACAAUUACAUCUGGUAUUGGUCGUUUAGUUUCCGUUUCGUUGAUUCUCUACAGUUUUGUAUAGAGUCAUUCUAUAUUGAAAACAAAAUAGCCCAAUUAAAUUAGAUGACGAGACUUUUAUUCUUGUUACUGCGAUUAAAUAUUAUAGGGCGAAUUGCGUUCGCGCGUAUUGAAACGUGACAAUAUUUAAGGAUUCGUUGUCGAGUGUCAACAGCUAUGUUCGUAUGCUGAAUGCAGCGCGUGCUAC